GCGCUGGUUGGCAGUGUCAACAGUGCAACGCGAGGCUGGACGUUGAACUCUGGAAGAGGCGCUGGCAAAAUCCCUGCCCAGAGCAGGGAAGGGCCCUCCGCCGCCGCCUCUCCCCGUCUCCUGCGACGGGACCCGACAGAAGCCCGCUCUCGCCUGUCUCCUGGAGCUCCACCUGUUGUCGGGCUCAGUUGCGAAGGGGACUUCUGGGGCCAGUUUCGAGGGGUACAGGGAAGAAAGGCUUCGAAAGAGCCCCGCUUUUCUCCCUCGACGCGAUGCCCGUGGCGGGCGCUCUGAGGGCCAAAUUCCGACGGAGGCGCAGCCCCGCGGAGGACAAGGUCUCCAUCCUCGAGCGGGAGGAAUGGCGGGAAGUGGAGUCCCCGACGGUUCCCGAAGGCCAUCCUGAAGCAGAGGAGCUGGUUGGUUGCGCCUCCAAAACGGUGGCCUUUGCCGCCCUGUCGGACAACUACCAGCCUCUCGCUUGGGACGGCGAGCAGCAGCCACUGCCGCCAAGGAAAACGGAGCGCGCAAGUAAGGCGCGCAAGAAGAGACUUAAAAAAUACGGCAAGAAUGUGGGCAAAGUGUUGCAGAAAGGAUGCAGCUAUUUGAUUCUUGGCCUGCAGGGUUUGGCCAGAGCCUACACUUCACCACUUGGCUUGGCUGUUUGGACGGGUACAUCAGUGCGAUAGAUCUCACUACUUUUUGAGGGGGACAAGGAGGACGAAGACAACAACAACAGCAACACAACUGAGGAGAGCAGCAAUUUCUUCUUUGUAUAUAUAUGCUUCAUCUUCUGUAAAUGCCCCAAUUUGUCAAAGGAGGACUAAGGAAAAUGGAUCCAGUUGCGCGUUUUUUUGUAAAACGUUUAGCUGUUUUCAAGUUUUCAUGAUUCUCAAAGUGCUUUAAUAUCAAUCAAUUAAAAUGAACACAUAAUGCCAAAGGGACAAAACCAAUUAACUGGUUCAGAUUUAAACAUAUAAAUACUCUUGGGAAAAAUUAAUCAGUCCAUUCAAAAAAAUGGUGAAAAAAGGAAAGAUAAAAGAUGGUGGGAGAGAGAGAAGGCAAAUGGAGAGAAAUUAAGGAAACAGAAGAGAAGUAAUUGGUUUUUUGGCAAGACCACAUUGCCAUCAAAAUGUUGGUCUAUGAUUUGAGAUACAAGCACUACAAGUUUCUCCAAAAUGCCAUGCUAGGAAAGGUUGUAAUAGCAUAGCAUCUGUAUGUUCAGCCAGAGGAGUAUUGUGAGUAGCAGACCAACUGAGAAGGGUUGAAGAAGAAUGGGGACUCCAAAAGAGAAAUUAAUUUCUCCCCCCCCCCAAAAAAAAAACAUUCAGAUAUGGUUCAUGAAUUUUUCAUAUAGUACCCAAUAUAGGCUCUCCUUAUGAAGUGAAGAAACUUGCAGUUUCACUGUCUGGAAUGAACUAUCACCCAUGUGUUUUUUAAAAAUCAAGUAGGGUAGUGAUGAAGAAGACUGGGGUAAGACUGUGUAGCAGAGACUGAGGGAGUAAAUCAGGAGAAUGGUAUCGAAAGAUCAGAAUGUGGAGUCCUUCAGUGUGUCUGGUCUAUAGUCCUCUCAAUUCUAGCAAUUUCAGAAUCCACAUGAAUUGAGCAGAGAUACAGCAGGUUCAGUUUUCACCAUUCAGCAGAGAUUCUGUGCAAUCUGCUUCUUUAUAGGGGACAUAGACGGAGGCAUUUUUGCUAAAGCAGCUUCUAUCCUCAUUGCUUUAAUGUAGAGGUGAAAGGUAUGCUUACCCUUCUAGAUGACUUGUGUCUUUGUUCUUUCCCAUUUGUUUUUCUGUAAGAUGCUCUACUUGAGUAUUCUGGGAGUGAAGUCCCCCGGUUCCACCACAAAAUCGCGGU